AUGGGAUUACUGACGAAGGAUUUGCUUCAAUUUGAAUUUCUUAUGUGUGCUUUGUAUUUUAGUGUCGUACGAUUGACGAGAUUAGCCCUUCCGCACAUCAUCAAGACAAAAGGAACGGUGGUCUCUGUUUCUAGCAUCACUGGACCAUGUCCAUUUCCUGGUGUCGCUUACUACUGUAUGUCAAAAGCAGCUCUGGAUCAAUUUACCAAAUGUCUUGCUUUGGAAAUGGCACCUCAUGGAGUGCGCGUCAAUGCGGUAAACCCUGGUGUCAUUGUUACAAAUGUUCACAAGAGAGCUGGAAUGGACGAUAAAAGCUAUCAAGAGUUUCUCGAAAAAGGAAAAACUACACACGCUCUUGGUCGUGUAGGUGAGGCAUCUGAAGUGGCAGAAGCUGUUUUCUUUCUCGCGUCAGAAAAGAGCUCCUUUACUACUGGUGAACUGCUCAGAGUGGACGGUGGCAGAGGAAUAAUGCAUCCUCGCUAA